GGAGGAGGAGGAGGAGGAGGAGGAAUCAGAGCGAGAGAAACAGUGUGGCUGCAGUCAGGAGGGACACAAACACAGAAAGAGCGAGCGAGGGGAGGAGAUACCCAGAGUGGAAGGAAGGUUUCCCCUCCUCGCCUCACUGACCCAUGAAAGAAGCCAUGCCGGUGCUCACAGCAGGAGCGGGGCUCCACGAAACUCUGGCCCUGCUGACCUCCCAGCUGCGGCCCGACGCCAACCACAAGGAGGACAUGGUCUUCCUGAAAGACGUCUUCAGCGAGCGGAGUCUGGCAUAUCUCAUGAAGAUUCAUGAAAAACUGAGACAGUAUGAACGACAGAGUCCGACUCCCGUCCUGCACAGUGCCUCUUCUCUGGCUGAGGAUGUGGCCGAGGAGCUGCAGAGCGGGCCGAUGAGCACGGAGGAGAAGGAGCUGCUGCACCUGCUGACGUCUCCUCACCUGAAGGCCGUUCUGUCCGUGCACGACACCGUGGCCCAGAAGAACUUCGACCCCGUGCUGCCGCCGCUGCCCGACGACUUCGAGGACGAGCUGGAGGAGGAGUCGGUGAAGAUCGUCCGCCUGGUGAAGAACAAGGAGCCCCUGGGAGCCACCAUCAGGCGCGACGAACCCACCGGGGCGGUGAUCGUGGCGCGGAUCAUGAGGGGAGGCGCAGCGGAUCGAAGCGGUUUGGUCCACGUUGGAGACGAACUCAGGGAGGUGAACGGAGUCUCUGUGAUCCACAAGAGGCCUGAUGAGAUCAGCCAGCUGCUGUCCCAGUCCCAAGGCUCAAUAACCCUGAAGAUCAUCCCUGCCAUCAAAGAGGAGGACCGCCUGAAAGAGAGCAAGGUGUACAUGAGGGCCUUGUUCGACUACAUCCCGCUGGAGGACAAGGCCACGCCCUGUCAGGAGGCGGGACUUCCUUUCAAACGGGGCGACAUCCUGCAGGUGGUGACGCAGGACGACCCCACGUGGUGGCAGGCCAAGCGAGUGGGAGACAGCAACCUGCGGGCGGGACUCAUCCCCUCCAAACAGUUCCAGGAGAGGCGACUGGCCUACAGGAUGAAAAUGGGCACGCUCCCGAACCCAAAAUCGCCCAAAAAGCCUGAAUACGACCAAGGAUGUGAUAAAGAGGACUGUGACUGUGAGGGCUAUUUCAAUGGACAGUACAUAGUCUCUCCUAAGUGUAAAGCGGUGGCGCCCUCCUGUGGCCAGGUGUUUUCCUGGGAAUUUUAUUCAGCCGGUCUGCGGAGGAGUUUCCGGCUGAGUCGUAAAGACCGACAGGGGUCUUCAGGAGAGUGCUCUGAUCCGGGGGACCCCGACUUCCUCACCUACGAGGAGGUGACCCGGUAUCAGCAGAGGUCAAGCGAGAGGCCGCGGCUGGUGGUCCUGAUCGGUUCUCUCGGGGCACGGAUCAAUGAACUCAAGCAGCGUGUGAUUGCUGAAAACCCACAUCGAUACGCCGUAGCCGUACCACACACGACCAGGCCGAAGAAGCCUCACGAGAAGGACGGAGUGGAGUACCACUUCGUCACCAAGCAGCAGUUCGACACAGACGCUUUGAAUAACAAGUUCAUCGAGCACGGCGAGUACAAGGAGAACCAAUAUGGCACCAGUAUAGAGGCCAUCCGCUCCGUGCAGGCCAAGAACAAGAUGUGUAUCGUGGACGUGCAGCCGGAGGCCCUCAAGAGGCUGCGGACGGCCGAGUUCAAGCCGUACGUCGUGUUCGUCAAACCCCGGGUUCCAGAGAGCCGGCGCCGCCGCAGCGCGGCCACCUCGCCAGGAGGGGGCGAGCACGGCCGCAUCACGGACGAAGACCUCCAGGAGAUGCGGCAGUCUGCCAUUCAGAUCGAUCAGCAGUACGGACACUUAGUGGACCGGGUCCUCAUCAAGGAGGACUCGGCCAGCGCCUGCACCGAGCUGCGGGGGAUUCUGGAGCGGCUGGAACGCGAGUCCUUCUGGGUGCCUCUCAGCUGGGUGCGGACCUAAACAUAUCGGCUCC